CAAAUAUCCACAGUGAACACGGUUAUUUCAGUAUCGCUAGACGAUGGCUGGCAAUUAGUAUUACCGCGCCGUAAGAGAAGUACAAGUUCCUCCGGUGAUGUCCAUGAGAAAGAGCAGAUUGACUCGAUUUUUCUACCUUUGCAUGUUGCUGAAGAAUGUAUUUUACAAAAAGGUUCCUAUUCUUGUGUUCAUUUUUUUGAGGCUUCGAUGGCUAAAAUGGCCUACAGUCGGCAAUUACUCUGGGAACGAAAUCAGUCAUUAUUGGCAGAGAAAUUACUUGAACGGUUACGACGACGGGCUGGUCCUACUCGUUGUGGAAUACAUUUUGCUGAUCGCCCUGCAAAUCAAACUAAUGGCAACUCCUUCCGACAGGUAAAAUUUUUGUGUGAAAGGAAUCCAUCAGUUGAUCGAUCUUUGCAAUCGAUUAAUGAAGUAGGCGAAGUCGAUGAAACCGAAACCGUUCCGGCAGAUCCAACUCCUACGGAUUCAAACCGGGACAAUCCUGCAUUCGGCGAAGUUUCAUCGCUCCUUGGACUAGAUGAUGAUGUAGAGUGGAAAGAAAUGACAGAGGAAGAAGAGUCAUUAGCACUAGAAGAACAGAGCCUCAAUCUUGAAAUUGAGCAUGUAUGUUUUUUAUUUUCAGAAGAGAUACGACGGCGACCUAUUUUGACGUGGAGCGAAGUAGUCGGUAAAGAACUAAUGCCUCCGUACCGCGAACCGGGCACAGUUGCGGAGCGACAUGAGAAAAUGAGCAGUCCAAGUAGAAGAAGGUGUGAUAAAAAUGAUGCCGAUUUCUCUUUACGACAUGCUGAAAAGUUGAGGAGAGCCACAGAGUUGAGGGCACAGUUGCAGGCUGAAAAGACGGCACGGUUACGAGAGUUGGCGCGCAGGGUAGAAGAGGUUCGGGAAAAGAGACAGAAAGUGAUCGAGAGGAAAAGGCAACUGUUAGAAAGUCGAAUGGAAAGAGCACAGGAAAAUCGUGAGAAAAAUAUAACGGAAAUUAUUCGAAAGGCGAAGGAUGAUGAACAGAAGGUAUUAGAAGUUCAAUUCAUCAACUCUCUUCAAGGAGGAAAUAUGUUACUCGAUUUGCGGAUGAGAGAUGCUGGGGUUGAAGAAAGGAAGCAAACAAUGGCGGAGGAACGAGCAAGAAGGAUGGAAGAGAAGGCGGCGAAAGAGCAUGCGGCUGAAGAAAGACGUAAAGUGGCUGAAAUGCGAAUCGCACGACUUCAAGAGAUCGCUGAACGGAAGGAAGCUCGUCAUGCUCAGCUAGCCGCGCAGAGAAAUGAACAGGAACGUUUGCGAAGUGAGAAGCGAAAGCUGCAACAAGAAAAACUAACAGAGCUGAGAUUGGCUGAUGCUGAAGAGAACGAGUCCUUGAGGAAACGAAUACAGGAGAAGGUAGAAUAA